CCACCCCUGCUCGCACAAACUGAGACUCGGAUACACGGCUGGGAGAGUGCGAUGGCUUCUCCGGGCGCCUCCUCCAACCCUCUGAACACCCUGGCACCCAAAAGGAAGACGAAAAAGAAACACUUUGUGCAGCAGAGAGUGGAGGUUUUCCGAGCCAGUGACCCUGUGUUGAGCGUCCUGAUGUGGGGAGUCAAUCACUUGAUUAAUGACCUGAGCCAGGUGCCUGUACCUGUCAUGCUGCUUCCAGACGACUUCAAAGCCAGCACCAAGAUCAAAGUGAACAACCACCUCUUCAACAAGGAGAAUCUUCCAGGACAGUUCAAAUUCAAAGAGUACUGUCCACAGGUAUUCAGAAACCUGAGAGAGCGCUUUGGUAUCGAGGACCAAGAUUACCAGGUGUCUCUGGCCCGCAGCCCUCCACUCAAAGACGAGGACGGGCAGUGCGUGAGGCUGCUGCUGACGUCAUAUGACCGCACUUUGGUAGUUAAAGAAAUCUCCAGCGAGGAGGUGGAGGAAAUGCACAACAUCCUCUCUGAGUAUCACCAGCAUAUUGUCACCUGUCACGGCAAUACGCUGCUCCCUCAGUUCCUGGCCAUGUACAGAGUCACUGUGGAGAGCGAGGACACCUACCUGUUAGUUAUGAGGAACAUGUUCAGCCACAGACUGCUUGUACACAGGAAGUAUGACCUCAAGGGGUCCCGGGUGUCUCGUGAAGCAAGUUUUAAAGAGAAGGUGAAAGAGCUGCCUACGUAUAAAGACGUAGACUUCAGGAAUAACAUGCAAAAAGUUUACGUCAGUGAUGAGGAGAAGGAGAAGAUCAUGGACAAGCUCAACAGAGAUAUUGAGGUAAGAAAACAAUGUUGGGGAAGCAUGCAGCCAUUGUUUUCUCUGACAAAAGUGGUGUGUGUCCUCUUGCUGCAGUUUCUGGUGUGUAUGAGGAUCAUGGACUACAGCCUGCUGCUGGGCAUCCAUGAUGUGGAGCGAGCUGAGAGGGAGGAGGAGGAUGAGGAGAUGGACUCUUCCUAUGAAGAGGAAGAGGAGGAUGAGAACGACCCGGCUCCUGCUCCGGGAUCCACCUCACCCGAGGGUAUCGGUGGCUACAUGAACUCCUUCAAACCCAUGGGUGCCGGGGAGUUUGACCCUUAUGUGGAUGUGUACGCUAUUCAGAGCGCUGUAGGUGCACCCCAGAGGGAGGUGUAUUUUAUGGGUCUGAUUGACGUGCUGACACAGUACGACACCAAGAAGAAAGCUGCUCACGCUGCCAAGGCUGUCAAACACGGGGCUGGAGCAGAAAUCUCAACAGUUCAUCCAGAGCAGUACGCGAAACGUUUCCGGGAGUUCAUCACUAAGAUCUUUGCCUAGUUGAAGAAUUCAAUCCAGGCUACCUUCAUCAUCUAAUACAAGAGGAGUCUCACUGUGCAAUACUAAUGUCAUCUCAAAUCAACAUCAAGAAGCACUGAAAAUUGACUGUUAAUUUUUAAAUGAUUUACCCUCCGUAUCAUUCCAUACUGCAAGAUGGACUGUGUCUUUAUUUUGAUGGAAAAUUUGAAUUUGCAGGAGAAAAGUCUUCUAAAUUAACACCUCUGACAUAAACUUCCUAGUGGCCAGUGGGGGAGAAGAUUGUUGUUGUGUCCAGCUUUACUUCAACAGAGGUCUCACUCACUGCCGCUCGGGAGAAAGAUUUAUGGUUUGCUCUUAAAUAUUAAUUUGUGACAAACUCUUUUCCCACACUUGACACAAGAACAUAAAUCUAUAGGGUCUGAAAUAUGAACAAUACAAUGUUAAUCUCCUCUGCAGCACCCAUUUGGGAUUUAAGAUGUUAAGUCUGAUGUUAUAUAAUACACGGAAUGUAGCCAAAGGCAGAUUUAGAGUACCAUCUAUUGAAAACCCAUUUUCAUGAAGAGUAAACAAAUAUACCAGACUGGCAAUUUCAUUUGAAAUUUCUCAGCUUCUGGUCACAGUUUCACCAUUUUGUUUUCCUUAUAAAUAAGGUAAAUAAGUGCACA